GGAUAUAUGAAGUCAGUCAAGGCAAAGCUAGCCGAGAAUGGGGCCUCUGAAGAGGAGGUCGCCGCAUUCGAAAAGGGUGCCUCAGGUUAUGCCAAAAAGAUCGUCGCCAAUUUCAAAGAUUACGAAUUUUACACUGGGGAAGGCAUGAAUCCAGAGGGUAUGGUCGCUCUCCUCAACUACCGUGAAGACGGUAUCACGCCUUAUUUCACGAGAUCAAGCUCUAAAGUGGUCGUCUUUCUUGCUCUGGAGGAAUGGGGGUCCUCGCUAGAAUGGCAACACGUCCUUGUCUAUUUGUAG